AUGCUGUGGGGAUACACUGUCGCGAUAAUAAAUGAUAGAGGAUACCAUGACUUUGCUGUCUCUGCUGGGUCGGAUCAUGCGUUACUUCUUGCUCAGACCGGAGACCCUGUUCCUGCUGUGCAUCAGCCUGGCCCUGUGGAGUUACUUCUUCCACACGGAUGAGGUGAAAACCAUUGUUAAGUCCAGCAGGGACGCGGUGAAGAUGGUGAAGGGCAAGGUGGCCGAGAUCAUGCAGAAUGACAGGCUCGGGGGGCUGGACGUGCUGGACGCUGAGUUCUCCAAGACCUGGGAGUUCAAGAGCCACAACGUGGCUGUCUACUCCAUCCAAGGCCGGAGGGACCACAUGGAGGACAGGUUCGAAGUGAUCACCGACCUGGUGAACAAGACUCACCCCUCCAUCUUCGGGAUAUUUGAUGGGCACGGAGGAGAGUCGGCGGCAGAGUACGUGAAGUCCCGCCUGCCCGAGGUCCUGAAGCAGCACCUCCAAGACUAUGAGAAGGACAAGGAGAACAGUGUCCUGUCCUACCAGACCAUCCUGGAGCAGCAGAUCUUAUCCAUCGACCGGGAGAUGCUGGAAAAGCUGACUGUGUCCUACGACGAAGCAGGUACGACGUGUCUGAUCGCGCUCUUGUCCGACAAGGAGCUCACCGUGGCCAACGUGGGGGAUUCCCGAGGAGUCCUGUGUGACAAGGACGGGAAUGCCAUCCCCCUGUCCCACGACCACAAGCCCUACCAGCUGAAGGAGAGGAAGAGGAUUAAGAGAGCUGGUGGUUUCAUCAGCUUCAACGGCUCGUGGCGCGUGCAGGGGAUCCUGGCCAUGUCCCGCUCCCUGGGAGACUACCCCCUGAAGAACCUGAACGUUGUGAUCCCUGAUCCCGACAUCCUCAGCUUUGACCUGGACAAACUGCAGCCAGAGUUCAUGAUCCUGGCCUCUGACGGGCUGUGGGACGCCUUCAGCAACGAGGAGGCCGUGAGGUUCAUCAAGGAGCGCCUGGACGAGCCGCACUUCGGGGCCAAGAGCAUCGUCCUCCAGUCCUUCUACAGAGGGUGCCCCGACAACAUCACAGUCAUGGUGGUGAAGUUCAGGAGUAGCAGCAAAGCAGAAGAGCAGCAGUGAGCAGAGGCUCCCUCUGAACUCAGCACAAACACAGUAGGAAGCUCGAGUAAAAGCCGCUCCGAUUCCCCGCGGGAGGAGCAGACGCCUCUGCUCUUUGUUCUGUGCUUGACAACAGGAGCAAUACAACAAAUCCAUGCUGAGCAAUGACAGGAAUUCAGUUUGUCCACGUGUCCCUGCCUCUGGUGACCUUGCUGCUGCUCCUCCAAAACUGACUGGAACCUUCCAUUGCACCAUUUUCUUUACGAAUCCUGUGCAGACUUCCCGUUGGAUUCCUCCCCUCCCGUCUCCAAGGUCGGUCCAGGUGCACGGCAGGGUCAGGGCAGUGCUGCUGCUUUUCCCCCAUAGCUGGGACUGCUCAAGUUCCUCAUCCCUUUAACCCACAGUGAUAAGGCUGAAUAGGAAAAGGUUUGUGAUUAUUGGCCUCUUAUAUGAAGGAGGAAGAGGAGCCAACUCUCCCCCUGCUGCCACACUCUUGGCUCUCUCGCUUCAUUUAACCUCACCCCCCUUCAACAAAUCCCUGCCAAGCAUGUGAGUAGGUAGAGAUACUGAAUUACCUGAAGCCACAUGUUUAUUCAGGCUGUGCAUUACUCUAUAACAAUUCUAGGCCAUAUUGUAUCCAAACCAACUCAUGGUAAACUUCAGCAAAAUACUCUGAGGUCUGACACCUUCUGUGUGAGAAAACAGCUCAGCUGUGAGAGCAGAGUGUUUGUCCUCCACCAAGGAUCACCCUGACCUUAUUUUGUUGGCUUGGACUUGGAAAGCAAUGAAAGGUAAAAUUCAUUUCAUUAGUGACUUUUGGAAAACUCCUCAGAGCAGGGGGUUCCUCAGAGCUGCCUGAGUCAGGGCUGCUCACGUGGUUAUUCCUGGUGCCAACUGCAGAUGGAUUCGUGGUGUUAAUCCUGGGGCACAGCCGUGUUUUGGGAUAAUGUACAAAUGCCAGGCAGCAUCGUUGCACUGUAGAGAUGAAAGCUUGUGUUAAAUCUAGAGAAAAGCCUGCUUAGAUCUAACUUUCAGUAUUUAAUUGUGUUUUGGAACCUGUGGCUGCUGUAAGUUUGAAGGAGGACAGUGUGAGUUUGUUCUGCACGUGGUAACAACUGCUGAGGGACAGGGUGUGUGAGAUGAACGGACCAGGCUGGAGAAUUGUAAUAAUCCUUGGAAUCUCCCUGCAAAACGUGGUCCUGGACCAUCUGCUCAAGGUUCAGGGCGCUGGAGGUUGUUGGUGUUUGGGUCUGGGGGGGAAUCAGGGAUCUGCUGCAUUAACUGGCAUUGCCUGUUCUUGGGUGCUGAGCAGGUCUGGGUCUCUCAAGGAGAAAAUCAAAGAGCACAAAUUCCUGCCUGAGAGGGAAUUCCUAUCUUAGUCUUUUCAGUUUUGUUCCUAGGUUACCUCUUCCCCAAGGGACCUCCUUCCUUUAAUUUGUUGGGGAUAAUCACAGCUCUUAAUUGGAUCUGUUGCCUUUACCAGUGCUGUCCAAAACAUGUAGGGGACCCUUGGCAGCCUCUGCUCAUCCCAGACUCCAAGUGGAGCCCUUUGACUCUGAAAAGUGAAAAGCAGGAGAGGGAAGUGUCCAGCACUGCUCCUUCCCUGGAGGAUGGGAGGCUCCCAACUUUUUUAAUCCCUUGAGCAGUACAUGCAGUGACUUGGCAAUGCAGCUUGGCAGCUCAAUUGAGCAGCUCCCAGGAAACGUUAAAAACUGCAGAGCCCUUCAGUUGUUUUACUUUGAGAAGGUGUUUGAGGUCAGAAGGCUGGGAAAUGCAAACCUUGUGUGGUAUUUCCCUGGGAGUGCUCAGUCCUGGAGCCAGGAAUGGCACAGCAGCAGUGUCAGAGCUCCAGGCAGAGCCUUUCCUGUGUCCUUCACAGGAGAUAUUCCAUUGCACCAGCUCUCCUUUGGAGGACACAGCCUGGGGAGCUGCCCAGGGAGAAGGAGAAUCUGACCCAGCAGCUCCAAAGGAGAGGGAUGUUUGUGUAGCAGAGGCAUCACCUUCACGGGAACUGGGGGAGUUGGAACUGGAAUGAUGGUCAGCUCCCAAAAAAACAUAGUAGAUUAAAAGCACUGGAGUGAAAGCUGCUGGCUGCACUGAGCCUCCUGCAGCUCCCACUCCCAAGGUGAGUGAGAAUCCCUGAGGGAUCUGUGACCUUUUCCUGAGCAUCCCUGAGGGAUCCAUGACCUUCUCCAGAGCUUGGCUCACUGGCUGUGCUCCAGCACUUGUGACAGACAGGAAGAGAAGGUGGCAGGAAUUCCCAGCCAUGAGGAGCAGUGGGAGCACUCUGGAAGCAAGCCCUGCUCACAGGAUUUAGGAAAACAGUGCAGUGCAGUACAGAAGGGGUUUGCCUGGAUGUUUAUUCCAGGAUCAUUCCCUCUGUCACUCCCAGCCCCUCCAGGCAGGCACCAAUCAGCCCUGCUCCAGCCUUCAAGUGUCUGCAGCUGCAGCAAGAGCUGCUGGAGCACCUUCAGCUUCCUCUGCAGCCUCCUCUCCCCCUCCCUCUGCACUGUCCUGGCCAUCCAGGCCCAUCAUCUCUGUUGAGCUGGUGAUUUUGGCUUUUAUUACCUUAAAAAACGAGUUUCAGCUGCUUUAGGUGUGAAGCUGAAGGCCUGAAGGAGGUGAGAGGCUGUGUGUGCUCUUCCACCUCCGUGCUCAGUGCCUGCCUGUGCUCCCUGCUGCCAGCCUGCAAAGCUUUUCAUCCAAACCCAGACAUGUAGAACUUUGCUGAUUUGUGCCAAAUUCUGUCGUGACACAGCUGUGGGACGACAAGGUUGAGUAAUGUACCUUUUGCUGAUGCAACCUGAACAAUCCAGGGUUCUCCCACUGCCUUAACGCUCCAUCCUCCAGCUGGGAAGGGUUGCCAGGUGCUGUAGCCAGAAAUAUCCACCGUGGCAGAAGGGGUUCCUCCCUGCUGCUCUCCUGCCUGGGCAGCUCUCCAAAAAAAAGAGCUGCCUUUUGGUGGCAGUGGCCAGAACACAGCUGGGAGCUCCUCUUGCCAUGGAAGUUUUUUGUAGCCCGAGCCCGAGUGGCUCCGCUGGUGACAUCUGUUCCCUUGGGAAGAGCCUCCCGUGGCACAGAACUGAGGGAUUGAGUUGCUGCCAGAGCAUCUUCCCUGUGGUCCAGUGUGACAAAAUGUACCUUGUUCAUUAGUUCAGCUGGUCCUGUGCUUAAGGAAUUGGGGCUGUUCCCAGGGAUGUCACAAGCUCCCCAUUAACUCACGUGGGACAUUUUAAUGUUCAGUGAUCAGGAUUGGGAUCAUGGAUUGCCAUGGAGUUCACCACUCUGAUUAUACACUGGGAGGGGUUCAGACAGGCUGAUCCUUCCUAGAAUUCCUGGAAGGGCUGGGACUUUCCCUGCUUGUCCCUCCAGGGUUGGGGUUGGUGGCACUGUGGCUCCUUCUAGUGGCCUGAGCCUGCCCUGGGAAUGGGAACUCCGCAGCAUUCCCUCCAAUUCCACAGCGGCUCUCUCAGCCCGUGUGGCAAAGGGGAGGCAUUUAAACUCCCCCCUGUCCCUUGUCUCCCGAGCUGGAGUCAGGAAUUCGUUGCUCACCUCAGGGCUGGCAGGAGACACCGUUUUAUUUCACACCAAACCGAUCCCACUCCUUCUGUUGCACCAUCCAGCACCAGGCACAGGGAUCUCAUCCCACAGGGAGGGGUGGCACGGGUGGCACUGUGAUGGUGGCACCACCUGUACUCCUAGAAUGUCUAAAAAUACCCAAUUCGACACGAAUGAGCCAGUUUUAGUGAGAGAUUGUCUAGAUUAAUACAAAUAUAAAUAAGGCAAAUGCCAUCCAGCAUCAUGGACUGUCCACUGACUGUGGGUGCUGCUGCUGUUCUUACACAGUUAAACCAUUUACAGAGGUAAAAGUAAAAUAUUGGGAAGGUUUUCGAAUCCAGGAGUUAGAGCUGAAGUGCUGCACCAGCCUGAACAGUGUUUGCUGCAGAAACACCAAUGCCACAGCCUGAAAAUAAGGGAUUUUGUGUCCAGCUGCCUCUCAGGAUACAGGACAGCCCUGCUUUAAAUAAUAUGGAUAUAUUGCUAAUGUAGCUGAUACUUGUUUUACACAGAGAAACAUUUAGUGAGUGAUUAUACUACAGAAAAAAAACAAAAAAACUUACCAGCCUUUCAUUUCCCAAAGUAGGUUUUUAGGCCUCUGUACAAAAUUCCAAGUUUACAAUUGAGAAUGUUCUGCUGGAAUUUGGCAACUGCAGAGCCUGGAGCUGCUGCCCCUUGCUGUGCUCCAUAUAUUCAUAAAUGACCUUUCUAAACCUGAGGACUCAGCAAAAGAAAAAAAAAAAAAAAAGAUCUACAGAGUUACUACUGAGUUGAAGUUUAAUGAGUUUUAUUUCUGUGGUGCUGACCAGACAAGGUUUAGGGAAGCAGCUGUUUCAGAGUUUUCCCUUAGGUAACUCAAAAGUUCCAGGUGUCUCCAGUUCUCCAGGAUGGUCUGGGUGCUCUGGUAAGCAAAUGGAUGCAGCUGAAGCCUUUCUAGAACCAUAAAUAAGAGGCUUAGGAGCAAUUCUUGAGACAACAGUUUGUCCUUCACUCCUCUCUAGGUUAUGAAGUGUUUAAAUAGCCACGUAACUUCUUUUAGCAGAAGCUCCACAGGUUGGGGAAAAUGCUGUUAUAAUCUCCAAAAUACACAAUUUUGGCAAAUUGCUGGGCUAAGUGCCUGUGAAUGCUCCCAACAGCUUUCAAAAUGUGGAUUUUUAAAGCACCCACCUCCUUUUCCUCAAAUGUCUUUCGAAGUGUGUGGGACCAAACAGCCAACACACCAUCCAGGCACCAAUUCCCAAAUCCCUCAGUGCUGGUGUUUCCUGCAAUGAGCUGCACCUGCUCCUUCUCCCAGUGAACAAAAUUCUUCCUCAAAAAUCAGUUCUGCAAAGUCUGAACCUAAAAAUAACCAUCCUGAAAAUCCAAGGCCUCAUAAUUCUUUAAUCAUCUCAACAUAAUGUGGGGUUUUCUUCCCGAAAAUUAAAAGAACUCCCUCUUUUAAAAUAGAUUAAAAGAAACAUCAGGUUCUUAGAGAUAUAUAGAAAUUACUUUGAACCUGUAAGAUUGAAGCUUAAUGUCCAACACAGAACAAUUCCUACCUGGCUGUAUAAGGUAUUAUUUUAUGGGUUUAUACUUGAAACAGAGAACCAUAUUGUGUUUCUAAUUAAAUCCCUGGAUCAUGGAAUGGUUGGGGCUGGAAAGGACCUUAAAGCCCAUCCAGUUCCACCCCUGCCAUGGGCAGGGACACCUUCCACUGUCCCAGGUUGUCCAACCUGGCCUUGGACACUCCCAGGGAUCCAGGGGCAGCCACAGCUUCUCUGGGCAACCUGUGCCAGGGCCUCCCCACCCUCCCAGGCAGGAAUGAGAUCCCUGUCCUGCCAAAACUUGGGAUCCAUGUCCCUGCCACCUCUGCCUUGGGCAAACUGUCAACACUUCAGAAGUGGACCAGAGUGGAACAGGCUGCUUGGACACAAAGGGAAAUUUGGGAAAUAUGGAGCUCCACACUCCUUCAGCAUCCCUAAGGAAACAGAUGGAGCCGGAUCAGGAACUCAGUGGCACAUCCUUCCCUCAGGUUUUAGUUUAAAUUUGACAGAAACCUGAUAAAAUUCCAUUGUUUGCUGUGCAUCCAGGCAUCUGUGAGUUACUUGCAUUGAAAUGCUUUAGCAGGGACUGGGAAACAUAAGGCAAAACUUAGGAAAAUAUGCCAAAUGUCCUGGGAAUACUGAUCACAGGGAAUGCUGCCCCUGCCUGGUUUAUCUGGAAUUUGUUUGUUCCAAAUGCACACAAAGCAUUUCAGCAUUUUAACUCCUCUGGAGUAACAUCCAGGCAGGGAAUUCCACAUCAGAACCCCCCUUUGCUCCCCAUCCAGCAGCAAUUCCCAAACAUCUUUGCCCAAUGGAUUAUUACCAUUAGGCUUUUCAAGUCAGAAACCCCAAUUUUCCUAUAAAAUCACAAGUACUUGGAAUUCUGAUUUACUACAGCUUUUAGACCACUUACUGCAUGAGAAAAGAAAAACAACCCUUAGGAUCUGGAAAAAUUUUAGGCAUUUUUAAUACAAUAUUUUAGGCAGAUACAAUAAAAUUUGGGCCCACCUCUGACUUCAAUUCUUAGAUUAGCUCAUGGUCUGAAGGUUUUUCACCUCUUGCAUGGCUGCUCAUGCUAAAAACUUCCCUAAUCAUGGCUUUAAGCAGAAACAGGAGCUUAGUUAGGAAUUUUACAGUUAGGAAUUUUCCAGCCUUUUAAGCAAUAAUAAGGUCAGACUCAAACACAAAUCAGAUUUGGAAAGGAGGGGUUUUUCAGAAAACCAGGACUCAUUUUCCAGUGGGAUUUGUUGCAGAGUUGCUGUCACUGUAGAUGACAAUUAAUUUCAAACUGAUCACUGUGUACAAACCUUUGUUUGUUGAGCAGUGUCAGCACUUGGGGCACAGAAACCCCAAAUACUGGCAGGUGAUGGGUGUGUUUCUGGUCCUCUGUGACCCUCCUUUCUCCCUCACCAGGACCACUCUCUGCUUUAUCUAUUUUCUGAAGCCUGCAGAGUCAUAAUUACAUUUUUUUUGGGGGGGGGGGAAGCAAUAAAAACUGUGCUGUAGUAUCAGUGUUCUUGUGGCAAAUAAUUUAUUUCUGAACACAUACCGUGGCAGGCUUCUAAAAAACAGAGGGGUUUGGGUUCUGAGAUGUAAGAACAAUCACAGAACGAGGCAAAUAUUUCUCACAGAGCUCUCAGGAUCUGCCCAGAGAACAAUCAAAUCCCAGAUCCUAAACCCGUGGCACAGCUGUAGUUGUACCUGUUUCUGGAAAUACAAGAGCAUCCUUCCCUCAGUCACCCAAUUCUGUAUCUUCAGCUAUUUAACAAAAAAAAAAAACCCUCUUAUUUUUUAAAAAUUUACCAUCCAUCCUUAGAACACUGACAUCUUGUCUAGAGAGUGUUGUCCCCAAACCCUCACUUUUAUACCUAAAAAAAUAACCCGUCCUCCGAUCCCACCCGAACCCCACGUGCAGCCGUUGGAAAAGAGCCAAACUCAAUCCUGACCACAAGGGAACGAAGGCACUGCUGAAACCUCCCCCCCGUGGUCCUGGAGGUUUCUGCACCUCUUGUGGUUUGUCUCUAGGAGACACUGUGGAAUUCUGCCAGGCAAAAUCCCUGGGAACAGGAGCUGCUCCAUGGACAGGAUGUCACCGUAGUCUCCUCCCCGUGUAGUGGAUGUGUCCAGAUUAAUUAUGUUCAUGCAAUUGCAAAAUUCUGUAUUGUUGUCUCUUAGAAGUGUAAACUACUGAAAACUGGGCCUUGCUGAUAUGAAUAAAGUGAUUAAAAACUGGUCUUUACACACA